GGUUGUUUCAUUGUGGCGACAUUAUGCGCGCGCAUGCAUGCUCAGUAUCGCCUUUUCUUCUCAUAACUCAAACUCACAUCGGUCAAGGCAGAGAUAAAGUAAAGAAAUCUAUUACUCUAUCUCUGGUCAAGGUCAGGAACUCGUGAAGAAUAAGAACUCCCCAAGGCAAAUCACCCCACUAUAACAAUCAAACUGUUAAACCAUAAAACCAGAAACAUUUCAAGAAAGUGUUAUCUGCCCUCACUAACUCAAUAUAUGGCCUCUAAUACCAACUCCUCUGCAACCUGUGGCAUAUGCUCAGAGCUGUACCAAGAUCCACGCAUGCUCAAUUGCCUACACUCAUUCUGCAAAAAAUGCUUGGAAAAGAGACUCGACGAAGGACCUUCCAAAUCGAGCCUAGCCUGCCCCACGUGCAAUGAAUCCUCCUCUCUGUCUAGUCGUGGUAUAGAGUCACUAUCAAAAGAUCAUAGGAAGACUUACGAAGCAGAGGUUGCUGAAUUUGAAGGCUUGAUCAAAGGUGACAAAUCUGUUUUUUGCGAUCACUGUGUGAAGGGGCAAGCUGCCUUCUUUUGUUGUAGCUGCUGCGAGUUUCUCUGUGAGAAAUGUGCUGACCAUCAUCGCUCAUGGAGGAAGACUAAAAACCACGAGUUAGUUAGCUGUACUAAAGAAGGUGGAAAGGAAAAUAUAUUCAAGAGCGUAGCUCACAAGCCUCUUACCUGCUCAGUACACUCGAAAGAAUCUCUCGACUAUUACUGCAACACAUGCAACGACCUGCUCUGCAUUCGCUGUGUGGUUGGAAAGCACAAAGAACAUGCUUACGAAGAAAUGGAUUCUGUUCGAGAGAAGGAGAAAUCCGAGCUUAGUUCUUACCUUGGGAAAACCGAGGCUGCAAAGGACAAGUUGAAGAAUUCCAUUUCACAAGUGGAAAAGGUCAUGCAAGGUGUUCAAGCUAAACACAAGGAAGUCGAUCAUAAAAUCAAUGACAUUUUCAACCACCUUCAGCGUAAACUAAAAGCUCGAAAAGAUGCACUCUUGGCCAAAAGCGCUGAUGUGGCACUCGGCAAAGAGACAGCGCUUACUCUCCAGGGUGAAGAGCUCAAGAAAAUGGAAGAUUCUCUUUCCGAAAUUUGUUCAAAGUUAGAGUCAGUCACGCAAGAGUACACAGCCGUAGAAAUGCUAGCUGCCAAGCAACCGAUAACAAUUCGAGCUCAACAACUUCUUGAUACAUUUGAUAAAUGCUCUCUUGAUCCUUGCAAGCUAGAUAUAAUGCCAGUAUCUCUCCUUAGCACUCAACUUGAAAAUGAAAUUGAUACUUUUGGAGCUGUGUGUGGUGGUUGCAUGCCAGGACAAAGUACAAUUGAUCUAGUGAAGCCAACUGCUGCUGUAGGGAAGGAGAGGAAGUUGCUUCUCACUGCAAAAAAUGGAAAUGGAAAACCUUUUCCUCAUGGCGGUGAAUCGGUGAAAGUUUCUCUAGCACUGAUGGGUUCGAAUGAAGCAGGGAUCUCCGGUGUUGUAGUCGACAAGAAGGAUGGUACUUAUGGUAUUAGCUUCACACCAAACGCAGCUGGUGAACACAAGCUAUCCAUCACCAUUAGCAACGAGCAAAUUGAGGAGAGUCCAUUUGCACUUUACGUUCGACAGCCGAGAAAUUACGCUUCAUUGUCUGCUAGUUCUCGUACAUUUUCAGUUUCUAGUAACCCUGGUGAUGUUGCCGUCGAUGAUGACAACAAUGUGUACAUUGCUGUAACUGGAUAUCACUGCAUCUCAGUGUUUGAUCAAAAUGGUUUCAACGUUCGAACCAUAGGAACAGCCGGAGGUAACAGAUCUGCAGACGGUCAGUUCUACACCCCAUUUGGAAUUGCCUUGAAAGGAAACAUCAUGUAUGUAGCUGACGCAUCUAACCAUCGAAUACAAAAACUUACUUUGGACGGCAAGUUCAUUUCCAAGUUUGGUUCAAGUGGUUCUGGGAAUGGACAGUUGAGCAACCCUCGAGGAAUCGCUAUUGGCAAGAAUGGAAGAGUGUUUGUAUCAGAAUGGAGUAAUCGGCGAGUUUCCGUGUUCCAAUCUGAUGGUGAAUUCUCUCACCACAUUCAAGGCAACGCUGCUAAUAAUAGCAAUCUCGUUAACCCAUGGGGAUUAGCAUUUGACAAUGGCGGGAAUCUACAUGUUGCUGAUUAUAGCUCCCACUUGAUCAAAGUGUUCACUCCAGAAGGCAAUUUUGUUUCCCAGUACGGCAGUGGAAUUAUCCAAUCUCCAGCAGGGAUCGCUAUUGACGAUGAAGGUUUUACUUUUAUCGGUCAGCACUACAACACAAACGCUAAAUAUAACUACAGUCGAUUGAUUAUUCUUAAUGCCCAGCACCAGCAAGUUCAUGUUAUACCUAACUUUAAGCACGUCUCCGGACUUUGUACUGACAAAGAUGGUGAUGUUUUUGUGUGCGAUUACAACAACAGACGUGUUAUGAAGUACUAACAAUAUUUACUAUUAUAAUUUAUUCUAGAAUACUGUUAUUAUUGUGCGUAUAUAUAAUUAUACGUAUGUAUAAUUAUAAAAUUUCAUGGUGCACAUUGUUCAAUUAUCCCCAUAAUUAAAUUAAAUGGA